UGGAUGUGGAGGCGCGGGAACAGGCAGAGAUUUGCUCUGAUCCACCUUCAAGAGCGUCAACCUGCUGAGAUGCUUUCAAGAUUGGGAUAUAUCAAAAUAUUCAUAUCCCUUCUAUGCAUGGCCGCCAUCGGGCUGUUCUCAACACCUUCAUGGGAUUUAUCCAUUUUUUCCUUCGGCCUUCAGAACUCAAGUCUUUGUGCCUGCCAAAACUGUAUGACUGAGGGUGAUCCGUGGUUCACAGCCCGCAUGAAGGCAUCUCCUCAGCCCUUCUUGUCAAAAACAUAUGAGCCCUUAGAGAACGAUUUCAAAUGGUGGAGGCGCAUACAGUUUGAAAGACGCAACUUCACCGUCUACAAAUCAACACUGGCCAAGCUAUUUCAGAUAUUCCCACCUGUUCCAGAUGUUGUAGAACACAGCCCUGACCACUGCACGACCUGUGCUGUGGUGGGGAACUCUGGGAAUUUGAACGGAUCACGUUAUGGACCUCUCAUAGAUUUUCAUGAUAUGGUAAUAAGAAUGAAUCGUGGCCGUACUAAAGGCUAUGAAGCAGAUGUUGGGAGCAAAACAACUCAUCAUGUAAUGUAUCCGAAUAGUGCUACUACUUUGGACAACACUACUCAUCUUGUGUUUUUUCCAUUCAAGAUCAGUCAUUUGCUGUGGCUCUUCAACAAAUUCGAUCCAGGAGAAAAUAGAUCUGUAAACUCCAAGAGGAUAGCUAACAAGGAUUUGGUGAUGAUCCUCAAUCCAGCCUUCAUAAAAUAUGUUCACACAACUUGGCUGGGAAAGAAUGGCGCCUAUCCAUCCACUGGUUUUCUGACUGUGGCCCUUAGCCUGCAGAUUUGUGAUGAGGUCAGCGUUUUUGGGUUUGGAGCAGACAAAAAGGGAAACUGGAACCAUUACUUUGAAAUUCUCAGACAGAAGAAGCUGAGAACUGGACAGCACGCAGGGAGCCAUGAAUAUAGACUUAUUCAGAGACUACAGGAGAAGAAGAAAAUUGUCUUUUUUAAAGGAUUUUAAUGGAAUCAGCCUGCCAAGCUGCACCUUUGCCAUUCAAGUUUGACUGAUUCUUUCAGCAUCAUCAAGCUUACCUCUGCAGUCCUAUGGCACUGAAAGGAUCUUCCUGGAGGAUAUAUGGCAGGCCCCACAGAAUGAUGGACCUUUUCUAUUGUGAUUGUAUUGUUUUGUAAUUGUUCUAUUAAAUAUAAAUAAAUAAAUAUAAAUAUUAUAUAACUGAUGAGGGAAAAGGGUGGUGAUUAGGAUAUCAUUACCAAGAGAUGUCAGGCUUUACAUCAGUAUCUAAUUGCUGAAAAGUGAUCUGAAAGAUUCUGUCUUGUGACUAAAACAUUAUAUUUGCCCCCAAAAUGACUUGAUUUAUUAGGAUUUUAUGUGUCAGAAUAUAACUUGCCCAGUCUUUUUUUUACCAGUUGGAAUACCUUUUAAAGGACAAUUUAACCAGCAUGCCAAAAAGUGAUUUCAGCUCCUCUCUUGUGACUAAAAAAAUGUAUGU